AUGUUCGGGUUUCUAAAAUCGCAACCCCCUCCUCCUGCAUCAUCCGGUUCAGAUGCUGAACCGGAUAAGAACACAACCCUUACUCCAGCUAGACGAACUUCUUCCGAACCCGUACUUGCAGCACCAAAGUCAAAAGGAAACUAUUUUGAUGAGGACGAUGACGACGAUUGGGGAAGAAAGCCUACCAAAACCGCCGGAGGACUAGAGAGUAAAAGUGUUCAGGAGCUAGAAAACUAUGCAGUCAACAAAUCUGAGGAGACAACAGAUACUGUUAAUAAUUGUUUGAGAAUUGCUGAGGAUAUUAGAAGUGAUGCUACAAGAACUCUUGACAUGUUACACCAGCAAGGUGAACAGAUUACAAGGACUCAUAAUAUGGUUGUUGACACUGAGAAGGAUUUGAGUAAGGGUGAAAAACUGCUAAACAAUCUUGGGGGCAUGUUCUCUAAACCUUGGAAGCCUAAAAAGGGCAAGACAAUAACAGGCCCUAUAGUUACACCAGAUAAUUCAUCCAAAAAGGAUGUAAAGAAUAAGGAAGAUAGAGAAAAGUUGGGGUUAGCUCCUUUGCCUAAGGGGGGACGCUCUGCACCUACCACACCUCCUAAUGAAUCAGCCACUGCCUAUCAGAAAAUUGAUCAUGAAAAGGCUAAACAAGAUGAUGCACUCUCAGAUCUCAGUGAUAUCUUAGGUGAUUUGAAGGGUAUGGCAAUUAGCAUGGGAACUGAACUUGACAACCAAAACAAAGCUCUUGAUCAUCUUAGCGACGAUGUUGAUGAGCUUAACUCUCGAAUGAAAGGUGCUAAUCAGCGUGCACGCAAGUUAGUAGCGAAGUGA